UUUGUGUGGGAGGAGUCUGGUGGAUGGAGGGGCGGGGCGGGGGUCUUGCCCCUUCCCCGCCCACACGUGCUUUAUAAUCCAGAUGCGCCCCUGCGUGCAGCCAUCGGCCCAAAAGCCAGCAGGCAGGACGACGUGGAGGAAGACGGAGAAAUAAGAGGAAGAAGAAGGCAGAAUGACGACGGCGGGCAACACCUUCGACGUGGUCGUGGUCGGCGCAGGGAUAUCAGGGUUGAGUGCAGCCAAGCUGUUAAGAGAGAUCGGACUCAACCCCGUGGUCUUGGAGGCUCGCGACAGAGUCGGUGGUCGAACCUUCACCGUAUCGAAUAAGGAGACCAAGUGGGUGGAUCUGGGCGGGGCUUACGUGGGCCCCACGCAGAACCGCAUCCUGCGAUUGGCCAAGCAGUACGGCGUGAAGACGUACAAAGUCAACGAGCAGGAGAAGCUGCUGCAUCAUGUCAACGGAAAGUCCUACCACUUCAAAGGGUCCUUCCCCCCCACAUGGAACCCCAUCGCCAUGUUGGACUUCAACAAUCUGUUCAGGACAAUAGACGAGAUGGGCAAGGAGAUCCCCAGAGAGGCCCCCUGGAAAGCCCCCCAUGCUGAGGAGUGGGACAAGAUGAGCAUGCUCCAGUUCUUUGAGAAAACCUGCUGGACCAAUGCCGCCCGCCGCUUCGGGACCUUGUUUGUCAACGUCAACGUGACCUCUGAACCCCACGAGGUGUCGGCCCUCUGGUUCCUGUGGUACGUGAAGCAGUGUGGAGGAACCAUGAGGAUCUUCUCCACCACCAAUGGAGGACAGGAGAGGAAGUUUGUGGGGGGCUCCAACCAGAUCAGCGAGUGCAUGGCCAGAGAACUGGGGGAGCGUGUCAAGCUGCAGUCCCCGGUCUACAGGAUCGACCAGAGCGGGGACAUGGUGGUGGUGGAGACCACAGACAAACAAACCUACAAGGCUAAGUACGUGAUCGUGGCCACGCCUCCCGCGCUCAACUUGAAGAUGCACUUCAACCCCGAGCUGCCCCCCCUGAGGAACCAGCUGAUCACCCGCGUCCCCAUGGGCUCGGUCAUCAAGUGCAUGGUGUACUACAAAGAAAACUUCUGGAGGAAAAAGGGUUUCUGUGGCACCAUGGUGAUCGAGGAGGAAGGGUCGCCCAUUGGACUGACGCUGGACGACACAAAGCCCGACGGGACCGUGCCUGCCAUCAUGGGAUUCAUCCUUGCUCGCAAAUGCAGGAAGCUGUGUGGCCUCACCAAAGAGGAGAGGUUCAAGAGGAUCUGCGAGAUCUACUCCAAAGUGCUGGGCACUGACGAGGCUCUGCAUGCGGUCCACUACGAGGAGAAGAACUGGUGUGAAGAGGAGUACUCGGGAGGAUGCUACACGGCCUACUUCCCCCCAGGGAUCCUCACGCAGUUUGGAAGGGUCCUGAGGGAGCCCGUGGGAAGGUUGCACUUUGCGGGGACCGAGACCGCCACUGAGUGGAGUGGCUACAUGGAGGGGGCGGUCCAGGCCGGAGAAAGGGCAGCAAGAGAGGUCUUGUGUGAAAUGGGUCGAAUCAGCCGCAGUCAGAUCUGGCAGACGGAACCCGAGUCCACGGAAGUGGUGGCGCUCCCAUUUGUGACCACCUUCUGGGACAGGAACUUGCCAUCAGUGGGCGGAGUCUUCAAGCUGAUGGGCGUCACCACCGUGCUGUGCGUGGUCGCCACGGCGGCCGGCGUGGGUCGCCUACAAGAAGGGGCUCCUCCCGCGCUGUUAAGGGCCCCGCCCGGGAGCCCCCGUCGGGUCCCAUGUGGCUCGACACGCACCGCCAGGAACACGUAGCAACACGGAACUUUUGAAAUGGUUUUAAAAAAAAACAAACACACAACACACCAUCUUUACUACUCUGUGCACUGCCAGCCAUGUUUACUUUCAUGAUCACCUGGGAUUUUUUUCUAGCUGCGUGUGUGUGUGCGUGUGUGCGU